GGCAGAUGACUGGUCAGGUGAGGGUCACGUGGCUCAGUCAGCUGAUGCUAACGCUACCUAACCGAACGGACGGUUCUUCUGUGGUAGAGACGGCUCUGACGGUGAGACGGGAUGCCUUUCUCCGAGUUGUAUUUUAACGUAGAUAACGGCUACCUGGAGGGGCUGGUCAGAGGAUUUAAAGCUGGAAUACUGUCACAGGCGGAUUAUUUAAACCUCGUUCAGUGCGAGACCCUGGAAGAUCUGAAGCUCCACCUGCAGAGCACAGACUAUGGCAGCUUCCUGGCAAAUGAGGCCUCUCCCCUCACUGUGUCUGUUAUCGAUGACAAGCUGAAGGAGAAGAUGGUGGUGGAGUUUCGCCACAUGAGGAACCAGUCAUACGAGCCGCUGGCCAGCUUCAUGGACUUCAUCACGUACAGCUAUAUGAUCGAUAACGUCAUCCUGCUGAUCACGGGCACUCUGCACCAGCGGGCCAUCUCGGAGCUGGUGCCAAAGUGCCACCCGCUGGGCAGCUUUGAGCAGAUGGAGGCAGUCAACAUCGCCCAGACCCCUGCCGAGCUCUAUAAUGCCAUCCUGGUGGACACGCCCCUGGCCGCGUUCUUCCAGGACUGCAUAUCUGAACAGGACCUGGAUGAGAUGAACAUUGAAAUCAUUCGUAACACCCUUUACAAGGCUUAUCUGGAGGCUUUCUAUAAGUUCUGCUCCAACCUGGGAGGAACCACGGCCGACACCAUGUGUCCUAUUCUGGAGUUCGAGGCUGACAGGAGAGCCUUCAUCAUCACCAUCAACUCAUUUGGCACAGAGCUGUCCAAGGAGGAUCGCGCCAAGCUCUUCCCCCACUGUGGCAAGCUUUACCCAGAAGGCCUUGCUCAGCUGGCCCGGGCAGACGACUACGAGCAGGUCAAGGCCGUUGCUGAUUUCUAUCCUGAGUACAAGCUGCUGUUUGAGGGUGCUGGCAGCAACCCAGGAGACAAAACACUGGAGGAUCGCUUCUUUGAGCACGAGGUGAAGCUCAACAAGCUGGCCUUCCUCAACCAGUUCCACUUCAGCGUGUUCUACGCCUAUGUCAAGCUGAAGGAGCAGGAGUGCAGGAACAUCGUCUGGAUCGCAGAGUGCAUCGCCCAGCGGCACCGUGCCAAGAUCGACAACUACAUCCCCAUCUUUUAAGCAUCCAUCUCCCUCCCUCCCCUUCUUCCACUCAUCGUUUCAUUCGGUCUUGUCUUCAGCAGUGUCUCCAGUCACAGCUAGGUGUUCUGAUGGUUUGAUGCUAAGUCUCCUCCACUUUUCAACUGAAGGAGAAUCACGUGAGCCCGGUCCUGCUUGGUGCUCGUUUUAAACACCUUACUUGGUCAUGUAACUCAUUUGACUUUCAAACAUCUGUAUCUCCAAUUGUUUAAACUGUGUGGCACCCUGUGUGUUGUUUUUUUUGUGGCACGCCCAGUCCACCUGACAAUUCAGUUUGUAAAUUGCAAGUUCUUCUGGUUUAUUUUACCAAGUCCUGGACAGAGAAGCUGUGGAAGCGAUGAAGUUUGAUUUAUUGAUCCUAUAGCACCAACCACCUUUUAGAGAUCAUGUUAAUAUUUGGGCACAUGAAACGGUGAAAGGUGCUGUUUUAGAAUAAUCACCUGCCAAAAUCCAGAAGAAGAUAGUUGACAUUCUCGGACCCUCCGCCUGCCCAGCUCACAGCGGGCAUGAAAGCAUUCCUCUACUCUGUCACUCACCACCAGGUUCUGUGUAACCUCUAUUUAUUUCUAAGUUUUUUCUGGUCAUUGCUGUUUCCUCAAAAUCCAUUGAGUGAAGUGUGAGCCCCACCUGAUUUUGUCUUAACUUG